AUAGCAGACGUAGCACAGACACGGCUCACUCCCUCCUGCAGUCUGUGUUGAUGCCUGUGACACAGUAGCUUUAUUUAUCUGCGGUCGCUAACCUUAUUUAAAUUUAUUUAAAGCAAUAAAAAUAACAAUGGAAGGACAAAUUUGCAACAUCCAAGUGCUUCUUCGGGCAGCCGAGUUUUUGGAGAGAAGAGAGCGAGAGGCUGAACAUGGAUAUGCUUUGGUCCUUCCUAUCAGCUCUCCUGACUCCGACAAGAGAAUCAAGCAGAAGAACAAGAAGAUAUCUGUUGGUGGCAAUAGUAACAGAUCUGUUCACAACGAGCUGGAGAAGAACAGGCGCGCUCAGUUGAGGCACUGCUUGGAGGAGCUGAAAAAGCAGGUCCCCUUGUCGUCAGACUCCACGAGGAACACCACUCUCAACCUGCUGAGACAAGCCCAGCUUCACAUCAAGAAGCUGCAGGCGCAGGACGAGCGCGCAGAGCAGCUAAAGGGGCGUCUCCUCUGGGAGCAGAGGGAGCUCCGGAUUCGGCUGGAGCAGCUGCAGAGAGGGACGGAGAGGAUGAGGAACAAUAGCCACGGCUCCACCAUGUCCUCGGAGAGGUCGGACUCGGACAGAGAGGACGUAGAGGUUGACGUGGAGAGCAUCGUGUUUGAAUGCGACUCUGAUGAACUGAGCAUUACACACACGGGUGCCGAUCACUGUUACUCCAGCAUGGACAAAACCUGGCUAUGACAGUGAGGAACCUAGGUUUUCUUUUGUCCUUUUUCAUCCACCGGGUGGACAAAACAAGGAAAAACAUUCAGAAAGUGCGGAAACCUUUUGCUAUUCCACACUUUUUGAAGCAGGACUCAUGAAAAACGACAAAGCUGAGAUGUGUGAGAUAAGGGUGGAGGUCACAUCUUGCAUUCUUCCUUUUCGCUCAUAAGCCAUACAGUUUUUGAUUUUUUUGUUUUCUCUGACUCUUCUUCAGAGGGCUUCCUAUAAUCAAACCUGAACAAUCCUUACAUUCAUCCUGCCUUAAAUCAGAUUUGGUUUUGUAUUCGUUAAGCUUUCUUUUUUUUCUCUUAGCACUAUUUUCGUUUCAGGUUUAGCGUGCACUUCCACAUUUUUCUGUGCUGUUUUUUCUAUAGAAGUGCAGCACUAAUGUGUUUUUUUUUCCUUUCAUUUUUCUGUUGCACAUAAUGUCCACCUAUUGCACUUGUUUCAAGAUUUCCAAAGGAAAACUGUAAACUAACUGGUCACAUUUGCACAUCAGUAUUUGGUGAUUAAGUACCGCUGCCAAAAAAAAAGCUAUUUGACAUAUUUGUGCACAAUUCAGUCUUUAGUUACUAUGAAGAAUCCCAUCUUCCAGUUAGUUUGUUUUAGCAUUAAGUUACUUUAGAGACGUUUGUAUCUUUUGCAUGUUAUUAAUUAUGCAUACAACCCCGUUUCUGUACGGCAGGCCAUAUCUACUGGUAAUUAUUAUGCAAUAGAAGCUUUACUACAGGUGAUCAUGGUGUAUUUAAUGACUUCAGGUGCUCUCUCACCCUUUGACCCUUAUAUGCAAGCUGCCUUAUUACUUUUUUUUUUUAUUUCUUGUUUCCGCCCAGUAAUACUAUGUAGCAUUUUUUUUUACUGACGUAAGCAUUUUUUUAAACAAAUAAAUAUUUUAUAUAUUUAAAAACUGUGUUAAAAGCCCCGUUUUUAUUAUUUUCAUAAUCGGUUCAAUCAAAAAUGCAAAAAGAAAAGAAAUCUUACACAUUUAAAUGAUUGAAUAAAUGUCAAAUUGUUGUAAUUAAUUUAUUUCUGCUAUAGAACAAUAUAUCUUUGCUUUAUUACAGUUUAGUAGUAUCCACAGCUCCUAUAGCAGCUGUAGAUCUCUCACCAAACAAUGACAUUAUGGACCUUCUUUUUUUUUUUUUUAACAAGUUUCAGUUUGAAUUGAAUAACUGAGGUUUCAUCAGAUGAUUGCCAAAAAAAAAAAAA